CGGAAGCGAGCGCGUAGCCCCGGCCGCUGGCGCCUCUGCUGCCGGAGUCGUCGCCGCGCGGCUCUCGCCGUCGUCUCCCAGCCCGGGGUCCGUCCGGUUGGCACCCCGGUGCCCUCCCGACGCGGCGGGGGCUCAGCGAGGCGGCCCCCCGCUCCCCGACGGCGUCCCAUGGAGUAGGGUCCCGGACCGUUGUCCCGAAGAGCGAGAGCGCGCCGGGCCCCCUCCCCCUCCCCUCCCCUCCCUCCCUCCCUCCCGCCCGCCGCAACAUGGCUAACAACAGCCCCGCGCUGACAGGCAACUCGCAGCCGCAGCACCAGGCGGCGGCGGCCGCGGCGCAGCAGCAGCAGCAGCAGCAGCAGCAGCAGUGCGGCGGCGGCGGCGGCCCGAAGCCAGCGGUGUCGGGCAAGCAGGGCAACGUGCUGCCGCUGUGGGGCAACGAGAAGACCAUGAACCUCAACCCCAUGAUCCUCACCAACAUCCUGUCGUCGCCUUACUUCAAAGUGCAGCUCUACGAGCUCAAGACCUACCACGAGGUGGUGGACGAGAUCUACUUCAAGGUCACUCAUGUGGAGCCCUGGGAGAAAGGGAGCAGGAAGACAGCGGGCCAGACCGGGAUGUGCGGAGGGGUUCGAGGUGUUGGAACAGGAGGCAUUGUUUCUACAGCAUUUUGCCUGUUAUACAAAUUAUUUACUCUGAAGUUAACUCGCAAGCAAGUGAUGGGUCUCAUAACACACACCGAUUCUCCAUAUAUUCGAGCCCUUGGAUUUAUGUAUAUAAGGUAUACACAACCCCCUACCGACCUAUGGGAUUGGUUUGAAUCCUUCCUUGAUGAUGAAGAGGACCUAGAUGUGAAGGCUGGCGGAGGCUGUGUAAUGACCAUUGGAGAAAUGCUGCGAUCUUUUCUCACAAAACUCGAGUGGUUUUCUACCUUGUUUCCAAGAAUUCCUGUUCCAGUUCAGAAGAAUAUCGAUCAACAGAUUAAAACCCGGCCCAGAAAAAUCAAAAAAGAUGGGAAGGAAGGCACAGAGGAAAUUGACAGACAUGUUGAACGCAGACGUUCGAGAUCUCCUAGAAGAUCACUGAGUCCACGGAGGUCCCCAAGAAGAUCCAGAAGUAGAAGCCAUCAUCGGGAGGGCCAUGGAUCUUCUAGCUUUGACAGAGAGUUGGAAAGAGAGAAAGAACGCCAGCGACUAGAGCGGGAAGCCAAAGAAAGGGAGAAAGAAAGGCGAAGGUCCCGAAGUAUUGAUCGAGGGUUGGACCGCAGGCGCAGCAGGAGUAGAGAAAGGCACAGAACCCGUAGUCGAAGUCGUGAUAGAAAAGGAGAUAGAAGGGACAGGGAUCGAGAAAGAGAGAAAGAAAAUGAGAGGGGCAGGAGGAGAGAUCGGGACUAUGAUAAGGAAAGAGGUAAUGACCGAGAGAAAGAGAGAGAGCGAUCAAGAGAACGGUCCAAGGAACGAAGAAGUCGGGGUGAGGUAGAAGAGAAGAAACACAAAGAAGACAAGGAUGACAGGCGGCAUAGAGAUGAAAAAAAGGAUUCCAAGAAAGAGAAAAAACACAGUCGAAGUAGAAGCAGAGAACGAAAACAUAGAAGUAGGAGUAGAAGUAGAAAUGCAGGAAAACGAAGUAGGAGCAGGAGCAAAGAGAAAUCAAGUAAACAUAAAAACGAAAGUAAAGAAAAAUCAAAUAAACGAAGUAGGAGUGGAAGUCAAGGAAGAACUGACAGUGUUGAAAAAUCAAGAAAACGGGAACAUAGCCCCAGCAAAGAAAAAUCUAGAAAGCGUAGCAAAAGCAAAGAUCGUUCUCACAAACGAGAUCACAGUGAUAGUAAGGACCAGUCUGACAAACAUGAUCGUCGAAGGAGCCAAAGCGUAGAACCAGAGAGCCAAGAAAAACAACAUAAAAACAAAGAUGAGACUGUGUGAAAAUUUUUUUGUAAAAGUGGAUCACAUUGAAUCCUAUAAAUGUUUGAUUAAAUCUGCUUUCCCCCCUCCCGAGUUGAGAUUGUGCAGUAGUUCCGCACUCUUCAAGCUCCUUGUAGGCUGCAUUUUCAUUUCCUCUUUUGUGUAGGGAAGUGCCUUUGUAAUCCCGUUUACCGCAUUGAUGUUUUCACCCAAUUGUUGAGUUUGAUACAUGAUGCACAGAUUGUUCUUGCAUUUUUAUUUGUUUUUGAAAUGUACAGUCUGUACAUAUGUCCUAAAAAUGUUUUAAUUCCUUUGGCGUAGUUGCCAUGUUGGUUAAAUUUGUAUAAGGCAAUAAACUGCCACUAAUUCUAUUUUUGUUUUGUAGGUGUGGGAUUAUGGUUUGUGUACUAAAGUUAGCAUGGCUGUGCUUUUCAUAAUAGAAUGCUAAAGACUUUGAGAAUGGGUUUUGAAUAUCUAUUAUAGGAGAAUUAUGUGCUUUCUAUGUACAUGAAGGCAGCAAUUGUAGGAUUAACAUUCUUGUCCACUGUAUAUUAUCUUGGAAGGCUCUUGUUAAUAUGUUCCACUUAAUACUCUCCACAGUUAACUUUAGAGAGAAUUUAUGAGAUGUUAGUUUCUGGUGCAGAGGUGUAAAUUAGGCUGUGAUUUGAUCAAAAGUCCUUUUAGCAUUCUACCUCAAAGGGACACUGAUAGUAUGCCUAAAAUUUAUUCACUUAGUUUUUCUUUUUUAUUUGAAACAAAAAAAAUACAUGACAUGUAAUCUUUUUUUUCUUGAAUUCUUUUUCAGACUUUAAAGUACUAUAUUAAAAGAAUAAUUAAUGUCUAAAGUCUAGCAUUCUUGCAGCAACUCUAUACUAACGUGAAAUUGGGAGAGGGUGGGGCAGAUGAGUAGAUAGAUUCAAGCUUCCAAAGCAUUUUUAUAAAUGGAAAAAUACUUAAAUUAUGAAACAGCUUGAUAUAGUGUCCUUUUUUUAAAAUUCAGAACUUUUUUAUUGAUAAUGGAGAUUGCUGUUUGAGUUUUUAAAACAAUCUAGAACAGAAGUAUUAAAAGUAAUGCUGUGCUGCAUUAUUUAAGAUUAUCAGCAAAUUAUUUGGUAGAUUGUUCUUAUGACUUGUAUUCUGAUUACAGAGAAACAUCAUGAGUGUGGAAUAAAUACUGGAUUAAAUCCGUUUUCCUGGGUGUUGGCUUCCCCCCAUUUGUUAACAUUUUUGGAGUUACGUUUAUUGUGGAAUUGAUAAAAAUGUUAGCAGAAGCACACACUGUGUAGAUUGAUAUUCUACUACUAAGAUGACAAGUUUGACAUUUAAAGAGAUGUGUAGACUAAUUGGGUAUCUGUAAUAGUCUUCACUUCCCUUUUGUCAGUGGGUAUCGUGUGUGACUGAGAUGUUCUUCGAGUGAUUAUUUUUAUGUUAAAGGUGCUUGUUGAGGUACUUUUCACUUGAAAUUCAUAUUGGAAUUAUUUAAAAUUUCUGCUUGAAGGAACUCCUUAGAACUUAUAGCUUACCUUGUUCACUCUAGACAAGUGUUCCUGAUAGCACACUCCAUGAUAACAUGACUUGUCACACUGUUCAUAAUUGACUCAUGGAUUCUCAAGUUACCCUGCAAGUAUUGGAAUAAAUAAGGACGCCUGGAAUAGUCCAUUCAUAAAUUUCACCUACCUAUCAUCAAAAAGUUAUUAAAUGAAAUUGCUCUGAAAAUCCUUUGCUUUUUUUUUUAAGGAUAGAAGAUUUCCAGUCAUUUUACAUGAGCAUCAAGUGAAUCAACCGUAGACAAAAUGAGCUAUGUUCUUAAGUAAUGAAAGGUGUACAUCAAUAUUUUUUAUCACACCUCAAUGAUGUAUUAUUACUUUGGAUAUACAUGAAAUGGCAAUUCAAGGGAGUAUUUUAUAGUAAAAGUUUAUUUCAAAUACAGGUAAAUCAGGAACAAUUACCUAUGACUUUUUGAUGUAAAACAUUUUGGUAAUGCCUAAUGAUAUGCAUGCUUUAACUUAGCUUUAUCAGAGAAUAGGAAAACAAGUCACUGAAAAUAUCUCAGGAUUAUUGCAAAAAAAAAAACUUGAAAAGCUUUUGAUAGUGCUUGAUGUAACUCGCAGCUUCCAUCCAGCUUUGUUCUUGAUGACACUGCCUUUCAAUGUACUAUUGCAUCUGUUUUCUAAUUUCAUUUUGUAAUUUCUAUACACGAGCUAGUAUAUUUCCAACUUUUGAGAUUUUAAUAUAAAAUACCCAUUUUUAUGUUGCCCAAAUGAGUGUCUUAGCUGGCUUUAGGUCCUUGCUUUUUCUAAAGCCGUGAUUCUAAACCUAAAUUCUGGGUUCCUGGGUUAAGAAUGAAAAUCCAGGAGAAUAAAAGUGCUGAAAUUGCAUGCAAAUU